AUGGCUAUUCAAAAAACCUCCAACGGCGCCACGAACGGCGCACCUGCUGCUGUGCCUGCACAACCUGCCCAGCUUGAUGCUUCGAAGGUCACCAUUGCGCUCGCGAACGAGCUCAAGACCAUCCCCCAUGCCUCGGAGCUCAAGUUCGGCCAAGUCAUGUCCGACCACAUGAUGACCGUCUCCUACGAUCCUAUCAACGGCUGGUCAGCGCCCGAAAUUAAGCCCUACGGCCCGCUUUCCCUCGACCCCGCGAGCUCAUGUUUCCAAUAUGCAACCAACGUAUUCGAGGGCAUGAAGGCAUAUAUUGGCCCGGAUGGCAAGGCCAGGUUGUUCCGCCCGAACAAGAACAUGGACCGCAUGACCAUGUCCGCCGGACGCGUCGCCCUCCCGCCUUUCGACACGGACGAGCUCCUGAAGCUUAUCCGCCGGCUCGUGGCGAUCGAGCAGCGAUGGAUACCCACGCAGAAGGGCCACAGCCUUUACAUCCGCCCGACGAUCAUCGGCACGCGCUCAUCUCUCGGUGUCGCUGCGUCUGACCACGCGAUGCUCUACGUAAUCUGCUCACCGACUGGACCCUAUUUCGCCACCGGCGCACGCCCGGUUGCUCUUCUCGGCAUCGGCGAGAGCGUUCGCUCGUGGCCGGGAGGCACCGGCGGGUACAAGCUCGCUCUGAACUACGCCCCGACGUUCAAGCCCCAGCAGUACGCCGCGAAGCUCGGCUACGACCAGUGCUUGUGGCUCCUGGGCGACAAGAUCACCGAGGCGGGCGCCAUGAACUUCUUCGUCGUGGUACGGCGGAUCGACGGCGACUUGGACGUAUACACGCCCCCGCUGGACGGGACGAUCCUCCCUGGGGUCACGCGCGAUUCCAUCCUCGCGCUCGCCUCCGCCCACCCGUCGCGCACGCUCCUCCCCGGGCUGCCCGAGACCCUCCGCUUGCACACGACCGAGCGCGAGCUCACGAUGACGGAGCUCAACGCCUGGGCACAGAACGGAAGUCUGCUCGAGGCAUUCGGCGUCGGCACAGCCGUCAUCGUCGCCGCCGUGGGCCGCAUCGGGCACGAGGGCAAGGACAUCAACCUCCCGACGUACGAGGGCGGGCUCGGGCCCGUCGGCCGUGCGCUGUAUGACCGUAUCUCGGACAUCCAGGAGGGCAAGUUCGAGUGGGAGGACUGGUCCGUGGUGUGCGAAUGA